CCAUCUCGAACUUCACAACACAGAGUGGCACGAUGAAGCUCGAUACUGGCGCACUACGAUAUUUGUCCAGCGAAGACUGGCGCGUGCUUGCUGCAUUUGAGCAAGGGAGCAAGAAUCAUGAAGUCGUUCCCACACCACUGAUCCAGUCGAUUUCUGGACUCAGAGGCGGUAGUGGUAUACACAAGAACAUUUCCAAUCUCGCCAAAGCCGGUCUCAUCGCCAAAGUGAAGAACGCAAGAUAUGAUGGCUACCGACUCACUUAUGGCGGCCUCGAUUACCUCGCACUCAACGCGCAUCGAAGAUCAAAUGUCAUCUUUUCACUUGGCAAUCAGAUCGGUGUUGGCAAGGAGUCAGACAUCUACAUCACAGCAUCACCGGAGGGCCGCCAGCAAGUCCUCAAGCUGCAUCGACUAGGACGCAUCUCGUUUCGAACAGUCAAAGCGAAUCGUGACUAUCUUCGCAAAACUGGCAACUCAGGCACGGGAGAUUGGAAGUAUCUCUCUCGCCUGGCGGCACACAAGGAGUAUGAAUUCAUGAGAGUACUUCACCGGGAAGGCUUCCCGGUGCCAGAGCCGCUGGCAUGGAGCCGCCACACUGUUGUCAUGGAGUUCAUCGACUCCUUCCCACUCCGCAUGGUGGACGAAGUCGGCGAUCCCGGCAAGCUGUACGCCGAGCUUAUGGACUUGAUCGUACGACUCGCGCAGCGAGGCCUGAUUCACGGUGACUUCAACGAGUUCAACAUCCUGAUCAAGGAGAAGCCCAAAGCGGACGGAUCAGUACAGGUAAUCCCAAUCUUGAUUGACUUUCCACAAACAGUCAGCACAAAUCACGCAAAUGCGCAGUACUACUUCGAUCGGGAUGUGGCUUGCGUGAAGAGAUAUUUCGAGCGACGAUUCAAGUACACAAGUGAUGCGAAGGGACCCUUCCUGAAGGACGCGGUGAAGGACGUCGAUCCAGAGAAGAGGCUAGAUAUUGAGGUGGAAGCUAGUGGGUUCUCCAAGAAGAUGAUGAAGGAGAGUGAGAGGUUUCUCGAUGGCACGCAGGCUGAAGCAGCUGACGAGGCCCAAGAUGAAAAUGGAGAUGAGGAUGAAGCGAGCGACAGUGAGGCUGAAGACGGCGAAGAUGCAGAUGUCGCACACGAUGCAGAUGAAGAAAAUCCUGAGCUGGAGUCAAGGUUGGAGGGACUGGCACUCGAGGACGAGGCUGCUAUGCGAUCUCGUAAUCUGGCAGACUUUGGUCUACAGCCCAUAGAGCUCUCUCACGAGCCCGAUGUGGUAGCGGAGAAAGUGCGCACGAAGAAGAAAGCUACAGGAUGGGCGAUAUGAGCAGGCCGAACGAAAUUGGCAGAGGUCGCGGAAAAACGAGCAUUACAUGCCAACCGUGCUGAGGAGGCUGAGGCGUGGCGCGCUAUGGCUUCACUUGGUCUGGUCAUUCAAUUGACGGUCCUGUGUCAUCCAGCUCGACAAUUGGCAAGGGUGAAGCAUAUUGCAGCUUCUAAGGAAGACUAUCAGCUCAUUGAAGCGAACGUGGUCGCUGCUCGCCCCUCAUAGGAUGAAGUCGAAUCGCUUCAGGCACUGAUACCCCCAUAUUCUCGCGACAAUUUCGCCCAAUGCAGGCAUCAACGCCUCUAA